CUGGUGCCGCGGCCCGUCUUCUCCCGGCUCUACCUGGAGGCCGAGCCGCAGCUGGCCUCGCUGGAAGGGGGCAGCCGAGUGGACAAUGGCGAAGAGGAAGAAGAGGAAGAAGGAGGGCUGGAAACCAAUGGAGCCCCGAACCCCUACCCGCUGGCUCCUCCUCCUGAGGGGUGCUGUACCAUAGACGGGUUCUGCCAGGCUGGGAAGGACCUGCGCCUCGUGUCCGUGUCCAGCGAGCCCUUGGAGGUCCCCGCGGGCUUCUUGCUGGUGGGCGCCAAGUCCCCCGGGCUGCCCGGCCACCUGCUGGUGUGCGCCGUGGACCAGCGCUUCCUGCCGGAUGACAGCGGCCACAACGCCCUGCUCGGUUUCUCCGGGAACUGUGUCGGCUGCGGCAGGAAAGGCUUCUGCUACUUCACUGAGUUCUCCAACCACAUCAACCUGAAGCUCAGCACGCAGCCCAAGAAGCAGAAGCUCCUGAAAUACUACCUGGUCCGCGAUGCCCAUGGCGCCCUCACCAAGGGGCCCCUGAUCUGCUGGAAAGGCUCUGAGUUCAGAAGCCGCCAGGCCUCCAACAACGUGAGCUCUGGUCCCGUCUUCCUGCCACUGGAGGGCUCGGGGCCUCUGGCUGCCUUUUCUGGAGAGCCCGGUGCUCCUGGGCCAAACCCCAGCAUCCCAUUGGGCGCCCUGCAGGCAGCUGCUCUGAGGUGGACUCAGGAGCAUGGAGAGGGCGGCGAGGCCCGCGCCAGCUCACAGGUGUCGGACUGGGGUGCACUUGCCCCACCCCGAGCUGCCUCCUGCUUCCACCCAAGGCGCCUCAGUGGGGAGCAGACGCUCGCUCAGCUGCGGAGAGGCGGGGCGGCACUGCGCGGUGAGCCCGCCGGGGUUGUGUGUGCGCAGGUGUGGAUGCACGUCCAGUAUGCGCUGCACAACCAGGAGUGUGAGCAGAAGUACUCCCCCAGGCUCCAGCAGCUGGCCCGGAGCAGCGCGUCCGCACCUGGCCGGCCCCUGGCCUUAGGGAUCUUGUCAAACUCCGGACCCCCCAAAAAGCGCCACAAAGGGUGGUCCCCAGAGUCACCGUCGGUGGCAGAUGCCGGCUGCCCCCCUGGCGGCGUGGACAGAGCGAAGUACGAAGGCGCGGGUGUGGCCUGUGUGCCCCAGGCGGGCGUGCUGGGCCCGGCUUCCGUCACUUUUCCUGUCGUGGCCUCCGGGGAGCCUGUGUCUGUUCCUGACAAUUUGUUGAAAAUAUGCAAAGCCAAGCCGGUGAUCUUUAAAGGCCACGGGAACUUCCCCUACCUGUGCGGGAACCUGAAUGACGUGGUGGUCAGCCCAUUGUUGUACACCUGCUACCAGAACUCCCAGUCCAUUUCCAGGGCCUAUGAGCAGUAUGGCUCCUCCGCUGUGCAGCCCAUCUCUGAGGAGAUGCAGCUCCUGCUGACUGUGUACUACCUGGUCCAGCUAGCGGCCGACCAGGUGCCACUGAUGGAGGACCUGGAGCAGAUCCUGCUGCGCUCCUGGCGUGAGUCACACCUGGCCGAGGUUCGGCAGUGCCCGCCAGCACCCCCGCAGCCCUGCCCGCCCGUGCCUGGCUCCGCAGUGCCCGUGACGUCAGCACAGCUGCCCUGGCUGGCUGGCCUGGCCGCCAGCUCCUGCAACGACAGCGUCCACGUCAUCGAGUGCACCUACUCGCUGGCCGAGGGCCUGGCCGAGAUGUUCCGCCUGCUGGUCGAGGGCAAGCUGGCCAAGGCCAACUAUGUGGUCAUCAUCCGCACCUGCCGCAAUGCCGCCAUCCACUCCUGUAUUGCUGUCACUGGGAAGUACCAGGCCCGCAUCCUGUCCGAGAGCCUCCUCAGCCCGGCCGAGUACCAGAGGGAGGUGCACUGCGAGCUGGUGACCGGCAGGGUGGACUCGCUGGGCGCCUUCUUCAGCAGCCUCUGUCGAGGCUGAGUGCGGGUCCCCUGCUCGCCAGCUCACCGCCCCGAGCUGCGCGGCGUGCGGCCCUUCCAGAUGGCGGUGGCGCAGAAGCUGCUGUCUCACGUGUGCUCCAUCGCGGACUCCAGCGCCCAGAACCUGGACCUGGGCUCCUUCGAGAAGGUGGACUUCCUGAUCUGCAUCCCGCCCUCGGAGGUCGCCUUCCAGCAGACCGUGGGCCGCGUGUGGCACUCAGGGGUGCUGCGGGAUCUGGGCCUGGAGCCAGAGCCAGGGAGCAGGCAGAGGGCGGAGCGGCACGUGCUGAAGCUGGACGCCGAGGCGCACGCCAGGUUCCAGGCGUUCCUGCACAGCUCCCUCCAGAACCCGCACACGCUCUUCCUGCUCAUCCACGACCAUGCGCACUGGGACCUCCAGAGUGGCGCCAUCCACAAUCUCUACUCCCAAAGCGACCCAUCUGUGGGGCUGGUGGACAGACUGCUCAACUGCAGGGGGGUGAAGGAGGCCCCCAACAUCGUGACGCUCCAUGUGACAUCCUUUCCAUACGCGCUGCAGACCCAGCACACCCUCGUCAGCCCCUACAAUGAAAUCCACUGGCCGGGGCCCGACAGUGACGGCACAGACCUAUACCCUGAAAACAAGAAGUACUUCGGGCUGGCCGAGUUCAUUGAGUCCACCGUCUCGGGACACAGCCUCCCCCUGCUCAGAUAUGACAGCUCCUUCGAGGCCAUGGUCACCGCGCUGGGAAAAAGGUACACGUGUCCGUCCCAGUCCUACAAGUGCUCAGCGGCUUCCACUGCAGGUGCAGCCUGCCGGGACCCCAGCAUGGGGUCACUGCGCCUCCCCGGGGACCCUGGCUUCUGUCUUCUGUGCGAAUCCUGUAGGGGCAGCGAUACCUUUCUCGCGAUGCUGACCAGGACAUCUUAUUUCAUUUUCAGAGACGUGGCAGAAGAUCGAGGACGCCGAGUGGAGGCCGCAGACGUACCUGGAGCUGGAGGGCCUGCCCUGCAUCCUCAUCUUCAGCGGGAUGGACCCACACGGCGAGUCCCUGCCCAGACGUGGCAGAAGAUCGAGGACGCCGAGUGGAGGCCGCAGACGUACCUGGAGCUGGAGGGCCUGCCCUGCAUCCUCAUCUUCAGCGGGAUGGACCCACACGGCGAGUCCCUGCCCAGGUGCGGAGGGCACGGGGGUGCCAUUCGCAUCCCGGGGGCCCUGGACAGCGACGGCGAGAAGCCCAGCAGCUCGGACAACGAGGACGAGGAGGCGGGGCCGGAAGCACAGUCAGCCCUGACCUCACCCACGAUGGAUCCACCGCGGGCGGUGCUCCUCACGCCUGUGUCUCCGCAGAUUGGAAAGACGGGCGCCUACCUGCAGUUCCUCAGCAACCUGUCCCGGAUGCUCGUGCGGUUGACGGAGGUGGACGUGUACGAUGAGGCAGAGAUCGGCACCGGCCCCUGGGAAGAGUCUGAGGGGCAUUAUGCCCAGCUCAGUGACCCCUGGCCGGACCCGGAGCUGCUCCAAAAGAUGCCCUUUGAUUACCUCAUCCAUGAUCCCAAGUACGAAGACGCCAGUCUGAUCUGUUCUCACCAGCAGGGCAUCAAGAGCGAAGACAGAGGGACCCGGAGGCCCGAGGACCCGCCUGUGCGGCGGCAGACGGCCCGGAUGCGGCUGUCCAAGUACGCGGCGCACAACACGUACCACCACUGCGAGCAGUGCCAGCACUACAUGGGCUCCCACCCCCGCUACCAGCCGUACGAGUCUGGCCUGCACGCCUUCGCGUUCUCCUACUCCACGCUCGGCGAGGAGGUGCAGCUGCAUUUCAUCAUCCCCAAGUCCAAGGAACACCAUUUCGUCUUCAGCCAGCCCGGCGGCCAGCUGGAGAGCAUGCGUCUGCCGCUGGUCACCGACACGAGCCAGGAGUGCAUAAAAAGCCCGACAUUCACGCCGACGACUGGGCGGCACGAACACGGGCUCUUUAACCUGUACCAUGCCAUGGAUGGCGCCAGCCACCUGCACGUGCUGGUCAUCAAGGAGUAUGAGAUGGCCAUCUACAAGAAGUACUGGCCCAACCACAUCAUGCUGGUCCUGCCCAGCGUCUUCAACAGCGCAGGAGUCGGGGCCGCCCACUUCCUGAUCAAGGAGCUGUCCUACCACAACCUGCAUCUGGAGCGCAGCCGGCAGGAGGAGCUGGGCGUCAGGCCGCAGGACGUCUGGCCGUUCAUCGUCAUUUCUGACGACUCCUGUGUGAUGUGGAACGUGGUGGACGUGGACCACUCUGGGGAGCGUGGCCGGGAGUUCUCGUGGUCGGAGAGGAACGUGUCGCUGAAGAGCAUCCUGCAGCACAUCGAGGCGGCGCCCGACAUCACGCACUACGCCCUCCUCGGCAUGCGCAAGUGGGCCAGCAGGACGAGCGGCGCCGACGUGCGGGAGCCCUUCUCUCGCUGCCACGUGCACAACUUCGUCAUCCUGAACGUGGACCUCACCCAGAGCGUGCAGUACAACCAGAACCGGUUCACGUGCGACGACGUGGACUUCAACCUGCGGGUGCACAGCGCCGGCCUCCUGCUGUGCCGUUUCAACCGCUUCAGCGUGAUGAAGAAGCAGAUCGCGGUGGGCGGCCAGCGCGGCUUCCAUAUCACGUCCAAGGUGUCUGACAGCUCGGCGGCUGUUGUGCCCGCCCAGUACAUCUGUGCCCCUGACAGCAAGCACACAUUCCUCGCGGCACCUGCCCAGCUGCUGCUGGAGAAAUUCCUCCAGCACCACAGUCACCGCUUCUUCCCGCUGUCCCUGAAGAACCACGGGCACCCUGUGCUGUCGGUAGACUGCUAUCUUAACCUGGGGCCUCAGAUUUCUGUCUGCUACGUGAGCUCCAGGCCCCACUCUCUGAACGUCAGCUGCUCCGACCUGAGGUUCAGCGGCCUCCUGCUGUACCUAUGUGACUCCUUCGUGGGGGCUGGCUUCCUGAAACAGUUCCACUUUCUCACAGGUAAUCAUGUGCUGUCACCUGUCCUCUCUGAGGACAGGACCUCUCCUCCUAGGCCUUAUUUGCCAAUGGAUAAACUGAGGCUCAGGGAAAGGAGCAAGCCUCUGGGGUUGGACCUGGGGCCUCUCCCCUCAACCUGUGCGCCAAGGCAACCUGUAUGCCCUCUCUUUUGGGGGAGUGGCAGGUAUUUCCACCUUGUUUUCCUUUUCCCUCCAAAUCCUUUGCAUCAAAGCCCAGGUCUCCCCUUAGAGGCUCCUCCCUUCUAGGAGAUCCUGCAGUCUCCUUUGUCUUUUCUCCAGUUUUUCUCCUUUGAUACAGUAGUUAAACCUGACAAAGCUUCUUCCAUGUGCUGUUAGAAAAUGAUUUCCAGGGGCUGGGGAUGUAGCUCAGUGGUUGCGCCACCUGCCUCGAAAGUGCAAGGUCCCGAGUUCGAUCCCUGGUACCAAAAAAAGCAAAUGAUUUCCAAUCUGUAUUUCCAUCUCGCUCAGCUCCGCACUGACCUUCCCCUGUCCUUGGUUGUCCUUCACCCUGACAUUUCUCUCUUGAGAGGGUACUUCAAGAGGUAGGUGUGGUGGCGUAUGCCUGUCAUCCCAGCGCUCAGGAGGCUGAGGCAGGAGGAUCGCAGUUCAA